CACGGAUCUGUUCGAAGCGGUAGCAGUCCAUUUGAUCCGGGCAGGUUGCUCAGUUGAUCAAUUGAUGCCGGGAAUGGAGUGCCGACUUCAGAUCUGGGCUUGGCGUCUUUCAUAGUGGUUGAAAGUCUCAGAUUGAGGGCUGAAAACACGCCGCUGGACCGCUGAGACCAACGCAAAGCCCCGUGGGACGAAGUUGAUCUUCGAUGCUCGUGUUUUUGAAGUGUUACAAAGACUUUGUAGUGUCCUGCACUCGCAGCGAGACGUUCAGCGUUCCAUCCGAAGGCGUCACGGAUCGAGGUUUCGGCGCCGUGCUCGAGGAGCACGCGCACGAGCUUGGUGUCUCCAUUGGCGGCUGCUCGCAUUAGUGGCGUCUUACCAGAGUUGUCUAAAGCAUUCACAUACGCUCCGCGCUCCAGGAGCAAACGAGCGAUCAUGCGCUGCCCCCACGACGCGGCAAAAUGGAGCGCAGUGGCCCCGUAGCCGUUGCGAAUGUCAGUCGACGCGUUAUUCUCCAGCAGGAAGCGCACCUUCUUGACGUCGCCAUCUCGGGCGGCGAACAUCAGCAUUGUGUAGCCAUAUGUGUCGGUCGCAUCGACGUCUUGGUCCAGGACAAGCUGUCGAUCGGAUUUAUGCGCUCGACCACACGAAGCCGCUCGCCCCGCUGUCAUGGGUCUAUUCGAGUUCCCCAUCACGUAGUCGCCCGUCGAUUGCAAGAAUGAACCUGUGAGGGAGACUCCUCAUCUGAUGAAUCCAUUCAAAACGUAACGCGACGACUGGUGGACAGUGAAUUGACCGAGUAUGUAACUUCAGACCAACCUGUGCGUUGGACGUUCGCAGGGGCAAAAAAUGCCUGUGCGAUAGCUUCUAGUAUAUUUAUUACUUAUCGUUUUCUCCAUGCUAUCGGCAAGAGCCAACGCAAGGUCUUGGGGAACGUGAGCAUAUAUGCAUGACUGAAGCAUAUCCAAGUUGAAGUUGUUAAUCAUAUGGCUACAUUUGCCGUCGCCGUUCUCUGAUUGGUUGUUACAGUUUCCUUGAGAACAACUCAAUGACGCUGGACUUGGAGACGCUUGCGGGCGUCUCGGCGGCCGUGCACGCCGCCUUUCCUGCGUUAAUAGCGAUCCCACAGCUUGUCGAGGAAAUCAGCACCUUGCUAGACUAUUCAGCGCUCUGGACUCUCGAAGACGCGAGCUCCAUCGGUGAUCUGCGACUUGUGAAGCGCGUGGCCGCCCACGAUCAGCGCCGCUUGCAUGUCGUGGACCCUCCACCGUCGGAUCUGGCGCGUCGAGCGUCGUUUACAGCUGCGGUAGCUGAAGCAGCGGAGGAGGGACAUCUUACAGUCUUCCAAUGGCUCGUGACGCACUACUCCGCGAGCAAUUGGGACGUGACAGAUGCCAUUGUCCGCGCAUCCCGACACGGUCACUUGGAUAUACUACAGUGGGCACAGAGCCACACGGAACUCGCGACGUUCCGCUGGACAACCAAAAUGAUGGUCGUGGCGGCCAUCGAAGGACAUUUUGACAUUGUACGUUGGCUGCACGAACAUUCAUCAGCGCCUGGGUCUCCACACGUCAUGGACUGCGCUGCAGAGGCUCUCGAUCUGCCCAUGGUCGUGUGGCUCCAUGCAAAUAGGACCGAGGGUUGCACUCCAUACGCCAUGGAUAAUGCAGCGCGCAAAGGCAGCUUGGAGAUUGUGCAGUGGCUGCAUACCCACAGAACGGAAGGAUGCACGACCGGAGCGAUGGACGGAGCUGCUAUGAAUGGCCAUCUCCAAGUGCUCCAGUGGUUGCAUGUGAACCGCCAUGAAGGAUGCACAGCUUCAGCGUUACAUUGUGCUGCAGUAAAUGGUCAUGCAGACACCGUACACUGGCUGGACGAGAACGUUACAGUGGGAGAUCGACGCCGAGCGUUCGCGUCUGCUGUGCGCUGGGGACAUCUCGAUGUGGUCAAGGCACUAGCUAAAUAUUGCUCUGUCAAUGCGAGCGUGGACACAUCGAGGGAACUCACAGCUGCGCGUCGUCGUGCUGAAGCGGAGAUGCGCGUACCAAACACUUCAAGCUUGUUACGAGCCAGGAGAGAGCGCAUUUUGUACUCGCAACGGAUUCUGGACGGCCCCGCCGAGGAAAAUGCCGUGUGGUACGGACGUCUAGAGGUGUUGCAGUUCCUCUUCUCGAAUGGAAUGGUGUCCAAAAAUGGUCGUUCGCGAGCAGAGUUGGCGGCUACCGCGACGGCGCGAGGCCACGCACAUGUAGCAAAGUGGCUCCUAGACUUUACGACUGUUACCUGAGUUUCUGUAUACAGCAAUAAUGUAUACAAGAUAUACAUCUAAUACUCGAACAUAUAAAACUUGAGAUUUGAACCGUCUA